UUUGUGACUCAGAAAGAAAGGAGAAGUAGAACAUUGGUCAAUGUUAACCCAAAGAACACUCUUAUGAGAAUAUAUGACAGCUGCUGUUAUUAAAAUCUGACACAGAAGGACGUUUUGGAAGUGUUUGACAAGAAAAUGGAGGAUUUGGAAUACUUCGAAUAUAUAGAUUAUACAGACAAUGGAACAAAUGAAAAUAUCUCUGGAAUUGGCUCAGUGAUUUUCUACCCUCCCAAGUUGUUUUCAGUGGAAAUCAUGGUGAUUAUCAAUAUUCUUAUAGCCCUACUGGGCCUUGGUGGAAAUGCAAUUGUAAUUUGGAUCUCCUGGGUCAAGAUGAAGACAUCCGUCAACACCAUCUCAUACCUAAGUCUCGCCAUCUCAGACUUCUUGUUCUGUGUCUGUCUGCCCUUUAACAUUGUCCACAUGGCAACCUCUGACUGGCCCUUUGGACUGGUUAUGUGUAAGCUGACCUCCUCGGUUAUGUUCCUCAACAUGUUCAGCAGCGUUUUCCUGCUGGUUCUGAUCAGUGUUGAGCGCUGCAUAUUAGUUACAUUACCUGUCUGGGCACAGAACCACCUGACCGUGCCCAGAGCAUCCGGAGCGGUUGUCUUCGCGUGGGCCCUAUCUGCUGCCCUGACUGUACCUUCACUGAUCCACCGCCAGAUCAAAAAGCAUGGGGAUACAACCCUGUGCUACACCGAUUACCAGUCCGGGCACAAAGCAGUGGCCCUGACUCGAUUUGUCUGUGGCUUUGGGGUUCCAUUUCUGAUCAUAACCUUCUGCUACUUGGUUAUCUUUGUGAAGCUGAGGAGUCGUCCCAUGAAAUCCAUGAAACCUGUCAAGGUGAUGACGGCUCUCAUCAUGGCCUUCUUCGUCUGCUGGUUACCCUACCACACCUUUGCCCUGCUGGAGCUGAACCUGGGAAUGGACAACCUCAAUAUGGUCAACACUGGGAUGACGGUGGGUGUCACGCUGGCUUCAGCAAACAGUUUUCUUAACCCUAUACUCUAUGCGUUCAUGGGAAAUGACGUCCAGCAAACCCUGAAGAGAUCUAUUCUGUGGAGGAUAGAAAAUACAAUGGCAGAAGACGGACGCACAGGCAGACGGAACCUUUCAAAGUCUGGGUCUGUUGAGAGUAAAGCUUUCACAUACAUCUGAUGUUUAACAUUGUGUCUUUCUGAGUAUGUUUCUAAGUUUUUAAUGAUGGCACCACCUAUCAUUUUGUACAACAUGUGUACAGAUUGAGUUGUACAUAUUUUUUGCUGAAUAAGAAGGUGUAUUUUAGUUCAUUUAUAUCAAAACAUGCCUGAUUAGCAAGUCUGUUUGAAAUCUGUUACGUUAUAUAAAAUUCUAACUCAAAGGUAUGGCCAUUCAUGCUUAUUAAAAAGAUCUAUUUACGUAACAAAAUGAAACCUUGAAAGGCAUUAACAAUUAAUCGACAUUGUGUUAGAACUCAUGUGACAGAUGAGGGAAUUCCAAGAGGCUUGUGUAAUGGCUUCCUGACAAUAAUAUGGUUUUAAAGAAUAGCAGAUGUCAUGUUCCACUAACCACUGUCUUUUACAUGGUAAAAUAAAUGAAAGUCAAAUAAAAUAAAAAUAAACAUG